AUGCGCGCUCAACGCCGCGCCGUCGCCUCUUUCCGCGAGAAUUUCAAAUUGCCGGCGCGGCUCUGGGAGCAGCGCGAGGUGCUGCGCUGCGUGGACCUGCACUGCGGCGGCGAGCCGGCGACGGUCGUCUUCGGCGGCGGCGGCGUCGCGGACGCGCCGGGGGCGACCAUGUUCGCGAAGCGGGCCCACGUCAUGGAGCGCAUGGACCGCUGGCGCGAGGUGCUGCUCCACGAGCCGCGCGGCUACCCCUGCAGCAACGUGGACUACCUCGUCGAGCCGACCCUGGCGGGCGCCGACGCCGGCUUCGUCAUCGCCGAGCAGGCGAAGAUCUACCCGCUCAUGUCCGGCCACAACACGAUCUGCGUCGCGACGGCGCUCGUCGAGUGCGGCGCGCUGCCCGAGGACCGGCGGGCGUCGUUCCUGCUCGAGGCGCCCGGCGGGCCCAUCCCCAUCGCCGCCGACGUCGCGGCCGACGGCCGCUGCGAGCGCGUCACCUUCGGCGGCACGCCGUCCUUCGUCGGCAAACGGGACGCGGUCGUACGACUCGACGCCGCCGCGUGCGCGGCGCUCGCGCUCCCGGCGACCGAGGUGCGCGUCGACGUCGCCUACGGCGGCAUGUGGUACGUCAUCGUCGACGCCGCGGACCUCGGCCUGACCCUCGAGCCCGCGGAGGGCGCGCGGCUCCGCGCCGUGAAGGCGGCGUGCCGGGACCAGCACCCGGUCGACCACCCGGACUUCGACUACCCGGGCCCGGACAUCCUCGCCUUCCGGGGCCCGUCGGCGACGCCCGGCGUCGACGCGAAGAACACGGUCGUCAUGAGCAACGGCUACAGCGGCAUGCUCGACCGGUCGCCGUGCGGGUCCGGCACGUGCGCGAUCAUGGCGCUCCUGCACGAACGGGGCGAAUUGCGCAUCGGCGAGGACUUCGCCCACGAGUCCGUCGUCGGGUCCAUCUUCACGGGGCGGCUCGCGGCGACGACGACCGUCGGCGGUUUUCCCGCCGUCGAGCCGACGAUCGCGGGGUCCGCGUGGAUCACGCGGUACGCCGAGGUCGUCGUGGACCCGACGGACCCGUUCCCGGCGGGGUACCGCGUCGCGGACAUCUGGUAA